AUCACGUGGUUUGUACAAAAUGGCCGCGCCCGUAGUGUAAUAUGUGUCACAAUAUAAGGAACUUGACAUGUGGUCUACGAGAACAUAUAUGAUUUAACAAGGAUAAACAAUGUCAGAUGACAACUGUACAAGACAGGAAGAGGAAGUGGAAGCUUUAGCAGCUAUUUAUGGAGAGGACUGGUGUGUGAUCAGUGAGGAAGCUCACAUCUACAGCAUACAAGUGCGAAAUGAAGACCCUAAAUCACACAGGAACAUUACUGUUGAAAUCACCAUGCCUCCUGGAUAUCCGACAGAGUCACCUCCCCUUUACCAGUUAAUGGCACCUUGGCUGCGGCGAGAGGAAAAACAGACAUUAGAAGAUUCUUUAGCAGAUAUCUACUGUGAAAACCUUGGAGAAAGCAUCAUCUAUCUGUGGAUUGAACGAAUCCGGGAAGUAGUGCAGGCACAACUAGACGAUAGUCAUUCAGAUUCUUCACCUCGUACUUCAAAUUCGGCAUCAGCUGUCAGUGAUGAAGACGAAAACGACUUUGAAUUUGAUCUGUCUGAAUUGGUGAUCACAACAGUGGAACAACCAGAUGAUGGAGAAGUGAUGGAGUGCCCACCCAUCACUAGCGGGGAACCCAUUAUAGAUAGGAAGAGUACGUUUCAAGGUCAUCUUGCCCCAGUGAUUCAUAAAAAACAGGUAAAACAGGUGCUGGACACUCUCUAUCAAAAUAAGAAGAUUGCCAAUGCUACACACAACAUAUAUGCCUACAGAAUCUGCCAGGGCGGUACGGUUUACCAGGGCUGUGAGGACGACGGUGAAACCAAUGCUGGCUCACGAAUGCUCCACUUGUUACAGAUCUUGGAUACUGAGAACGUAAUGGUCGUAGUUUCCAGGUGGUACGGAGGCAUACUUCUUGGCCCUGAUCGCUUCAAACACAUCAACAAUGCUGCAAGGGUACUGCUAGAUGUACAGGGUUACAUCAAGUCGAAAGAUUCAAAGAAAGGACCUAAAAGUGGCGGAAAAAAGAAACGAUGACGAAGCUUUAAUUGUAUAUUACACUAAUAAAUUAAUAUAUGAAUGUAAGGGAGAGUUUGUGUGGAGACCAAAUUGGUCCAGUUAUGUUUGGAAUUCUGCAGUGCAAUAAGAAUAGUGAUUUGGUCUAUAAUUAAGAUGCUAGGCCAACCUGAUAUUGGCCAUAGUAUGACCUGCUUAAAUCAUACAGAAUCAGAUAUUUCACCAGUAUUUUUCUGUAUGAAAGAUUUCUGACUGUAUGAAGGGUAUUAUACUGUAUGAAGGAUUUCUGACUGGAGGAAGGGUAUUUUUUUCUGACAGCUAUUUGACUAAAAUUCAGAAUUUCUGACUGUAUGAAUGAUAUUUUACUCUUACAGAUCUAGAUAUUUGACCUUGUUUAUGACUCUGUGGAGGAUUUCUGACUGUAUCUAGAUAUUUGACCUUGUUUAUGACUCUCUGGAGGAUUUUUGACUGUAUGAAUGAUAUUCUGACAGAUACAUGACUGUACACAAAAUAAAUUAAGCUGUUAGAAGAAAAUUCCUCUGUUUGACAUGAAUGACUUUAUGAAAGAUAUUUGACUUUGGACAGUAUUUGAUUCAUCCUGUUUCAAAUCAACCUAGCAUUGUUUUAUCAUUUUGUGAAUUACUUUAUUUUAGCAAACACUUAUUAAAUGUGAAAGUAUUUUUAUUUUUAACAUAUUUGAUGACUGCUAUGUAUUUCAGUAAUGAUGUACCGCGGUAAAACAAA